UGUCAAGGACCCCAGAUAUUUGUUCAUGCUCAAAUAGCUCAUGACUUUUCUAAAGUGUCAAUUUCUCCGCCAUCACACAAUCUUCAGUCCACAAUAGACACUCUAAGAACCACCGUGAGGAUUGGGAACGUUGUUGCCGGCUGCCGUCUAUCGGGGCUACAGGAGGUCUUAUCAAUCACUUUCAUAAGAUUUUUGUACCGAAAGUCUCUUGGAAAAAGUAUCUACAGAAGAUGCUAUUCUGUGGUUAAGAGGUCUCCACGAAUAGCUUGCAGCAAGAGGCGCUCGGCUAAGGUAAUUGUACCCAUGCUUCAAGUGCGGCUUUGGUUGAGGGGCCUUUGCUCUAUUAUGAUGGGGGGUGUGGGCCUUUAGUUGGGCUUUUGAAUGGCUACCACAUGGGCCUCUUCUUGAGCCUCGAUGGCGAGGCAUAACAAUUAGCACGACAAAUAAUGUAAGCUGAGGUUGAUUUGCAAUCAUAACAAUCGACAUCGGAGAAGGUGGAAAUAUGAUGCCCACAAUAUUUAAUUAAAACAGGCUAUAGUGAAUCAUAUGUAUUAAAAAUACAACACUUGCUUGAUAGCAAUCCAUUG